AGCAUGCUUUAAGGUGGUGUGACUACGUGACUAUUCUUUUAAACGUCAAUAUUAUUGUCCUUAUUUUAGCUUAUUCGUGACAUACUAUAAACAAAGGCUUUAAAAUGCAUGCAUCAAAAAUAAUACAAUUUAAAAAUUGUUAUAUAUUACGAGAUCACAAUAUAAUACUAGAAGAUUUAUGGAUCAGAAAUGGUAAAAUUAUUAACCCAGAAGAUAUCUUUUUCGAUGAGAAAACUGUUGCUCAUGAAGUUAUAGACUGCAAGGGCGCUAUUAUUUCACCAGGGUUUAUAGACAUACAAAUAAAUGGAGGAUUUGGCAUCGAUUUCUCAAAUAAUACUUCUUCGGUUGAAGCAGGAAUUGAAAAGGUAUCAAAAGGUAUAUUGGCACAUGGCGUUACAUCGUUUUGUCCAACAAUAGUUACAUCACCUACAGAAAUAUAUCAUAAAAUAAUUCCAAAGAUUUUGAAAAGAAAAGGCGGUAAACACGGUGCAACCGUCCUUGGCAUACAUUUAGAAGGACCAUAUAUCAACAAAAAGAAAAAGGGAGCACAUCCUGAGAAAUAUAUUAUGGAAUUUGAUCAAGUAUGUAAUAUUUAUAUAACCUUCCUGGAACCAAAAGUGAAUGGCCUGUCGACUUUACAAAGCACAUAUGGAGCUAUGGAAAAUGUUUCAAUAAUAACUGUAGCCCCUGAAAAGGAGAACGCUAUGAAAAUGAUAUCUAUGUUAACAAAGAAUGGGCUGGUAGUAUCAUUGGGGCAUUCCACUGCUAAUUUGGUGGAAGGUGAACAAGCUGUUAAAGCAGGCGCUACUCUUAUCACUCAUUUGUUUAAUGCAAUGUUGCCGUUUCAUCAUCGAGAUCCUGGCCUUGUAGGAUUAUUAUCGACAGAUAGCUUUACAAAUGACAAGACUAUUUAUUUCGGACUAAUAUCUGAUGGAGUUCAUACACAUCCAGCUGCAUUAAGAAUUGCUUAUAAAACUCAUCCAAAUGGUUUGAUACUGGUGACAGAUGCAAUAUCUGCCCUGGGAUUGCAUGAAGGAACACAUAAUAUUGGUCAAUUAUCAGUACAAAUUACAGGUUCACGUGCUUAUAUUGCAGGCACUGAUACUUUAUGUGGUAGUAUAUGUUCAAUGAAUGAAUGCAUUAAAUUUUUCUUAGAAGCAACAGGUUGUUCCAUGGCAUACGCUUUAGAAGUUGCAAGUUUACAUCCAGCAAAAGCAAUUGGAAUAUCAAAUGUGAAGGGAUCUUUAGAUUACGAUCGUGAUGCCGAUUUAGUGUUUUUAGAUAAAAAUUUUAACGUAUUAUCUACGUGGAUAUCGGGUAAAAUGGUUUAUUCAGCAAAUUAGCUGUAAAUUUGCUGCUAUAACUCCUACUAAUUUUAAUUGCAUAUGUCAUAAUAAAAUUAUUGUAUUUUGCACAGUACUAGUUUCA